AUGGCGUUUUCAGAAAAGUGGCAACAACUUAUGAAUUCCGUUUCUCUUGGUAUUAAUCGCGCUACUCAGAUGGGCGAUGAAAUGUUCGGCAAUGCACCGAAAACCGCAUAUGAUAAGGAGACAACAACGGGAUUCGCGUAUGCCGACUUGUUGAAUAAAAUUUGCAGCGAAUUGAAAUUGCAGUUGGAAUCAAUGUUUACCCCCAAUCCAAUAAGAAGAGCAGCAAAAUUAUUUACUACUGAAUUAAAUCUUAAUGUGCCGGGAGACCAGCCUCCAUUGGAGAAAUUAGCUAGUAUUCUAAAUGAUUGCUAUGUAGAGAUGGGAAAUACGGACUUCUCGGAAACAUUUGUAGAGUUUGCACCGUCGCUACUGGAGUUAGGCAAGUCGGAGCAACAAAUGAAAGUUGAGAUUAAAGAUGGAUUGCUGGCAAUAAUUAAUGAUUUCUUAACAGGCUAUUGGCCGGAUUUACAGGCAAGUAACGCAAUUAAUAUGUCCGCAAGGGAGCGCCAAAAACUUGAUCUGCUUCGUCUUGACUACGACUGGUCGAGGAAUGGAAAACGGAAUAGGGAUGCAGAGAAAGCCGAGAAAGCGAAGGAAAACUUUGAGAGGCAGAUUUAUGUUGUUCAGGUACUCCUCAAACAAUGUGAGGUGACCAGGGAUAAAUUGGCGGCCGGUCUUUUGGAAAUGGCCAAAGCCCAGGACCGACACUAUGAACGCUGCGAAGAAAUCGUACAGGGAUUAGCUGUCAAAGCAAGUGAAGAAGAAUAUGUGAAAUAG